CUUCCUUCCUUGUCCCACCAUACAUGGCCUUGGCUUCCUCUAAACUCUCCCUCGCUUCUCCUCCUUCUUCCCUUAUAAGUUUCACUCUUUCUUCAACAAAAAAUAUUAUAUAACUCUAUUUAAUCGAGCUUUUUUCUUCAUCGUAAUCAUGGGUUUACAUCAACACUGGACCGACUUCGCUGCUGAUUCCUUCCCCAUGUUAUUGCUGGCACUAAUCGCCAACUGCAUCGCCACCGCCUGGUCCCUCUUGAACGGUUUUUUCCACUCCCUCGGGCUGACCCGUCUCCACCGCGACGGUAUCGACGCGGGUGUGUCGGGGCUGAUCAUUCUGACGGAGCAAUUGAACAUAAACGGUCGGUUCUCUUAUGAGUAUUCUUGCGAAGGUGGCGUCGGCGGUGGGAGGAAGGAGUGUGUGGUAUGUUUGUGUACGCUGAGAGAUGGGGAACGGGUAAGGAAGCUGGAUUGCUGCCACGUGUUUCAUAAGGAUUGCUUCGAUGGGUGGCUCAAUCACCGGAAUUUCAAUUGCCCUCUCUGCAGAUCACCGCUCCGUUCAAAUACUUCCCACCAGCGCGUGUGCUCCACGCACAGGCGCGUGGCGGAGGAUUUUGUUGAAUGGCUCUCCUCCGCUUUGCGUAGAUGAGACUGAUUUUGUGGUGCAUGUGCAUCAUCCAUGAUGCUGUGAUUGUGAUCAUCAAAGAUUAUAUAUCUUGUGAUUCUUAGAAAUUUUUUUUUUCAAAUUUUAAUUUUUAGAGGGUUGGUGGCAGUUUUGACCAUAAACUUUCUUUUUCAUUUUUACUUUUUUAGGAAUUUUAAUUUUAAUUUUAAUUUUGGGGUUUUUUUGAGGGCCGCUGUAGCAUAUGGUUUUUUUUUUUUUUAAUUGUUGUAUAUGUAUCACGUUUUUUUUUUUUCCGAAUUUAUAAUAAGUGGGUUCUCUUGAAUAAACAUUCUUUUUACA